AUGGGCAGGCAAGGAACUAUUAUUUGGGACCCAGGGGGCAACUUCUUUGCAGCCAAGUGUAAAUGGAGCCUCUUCUUUUCUGCUUAUGCUACUAAGCUGGAGGCCAUUCGAGAUAACCUCUUCCUCGCCUACAACCUUGGAUUACAAAAUAUCAUAAUCAACUUGGAUUGUCUCUCAGCCAUUGGCUUCUUUAACGGACAGGCAAUUUCUCUUGAUUGGGUCGCUCAUGCCAUUGCUUUGGAUAUCUAUGAUUUUCUACCUUCUUUCAAUUCUGUUAUGUUUUGCCACAUUCGUAGAGAGGAAAAUUCAUUAGCGGAUUUCUUAGCCUCGGGAGCUCUUAAGCUUAGGCUCUCCCAUGUUUGCUUCAGUAAGCGACUGCAUACACGUGAGCUUGCAACACAAAUACAAGAUGAGGUUAUCAUGUUCGGCCGUUCUUCUAGGGUCUCUUGCACUUGUUUGUAUGGUGGAGCUCCAAAGGGCCCUCAGCUUCGAGAAUUGGAUCGAGGGGCAGAUAUUGUUGUUGCCACCCCUGGUCGGCUCAAUGAUAUCCUUGAGAUGAAGAAAAUUGACUUUCGUCAAGUAUCUCUCCUUGUCCUUGAUGAGGCAGAUUGA